AUGAAACCAAUGUUGAAAGACUUUUCACAUCUCUUGCUGGUGGUGCUCUGUGACUAUGUCCUCGGAGAAGCUGAGUACCUCCUCUUGCGGGAGCCUGUCCACGUGGCCUUGAGCAACAGAACAGUGUCGGUGGAUUUCCACUAUCUCGGUGACGUUAAUGGGACACUGAGGAACGUGUCUGUGAUGCUGUGGAAAGCCAACACCAAUCAGACUCUUACCACGAAGUACCUCCUGACCAACCAGUCCCAGGGAACCCUCCAGUUUGAGUGUGUCUACUUCAAGGAGGCCGGUGACUACUGGUUUGUAAUGAUUCCAGAAGUGACAGACAAUAGCACCCAAGUUCCUGGCUGGGAGAAAAGUGCCUUUCUGAAGGUAGAAUGGCCCGUCUUUCACAUAGAUUUGAAUAGGACAGCCAAGGCUGCUGAAGGCACCUUCCAAGUAGGCCUUUUUACCACUCAACCACUCUGCCUGUUUCCAGUGGGCAAGCCGGACUUGCUGGUGGAUGUGAUUUUCACUGACAGUCUUCCCGAGGCAAGAACCAGGGGGCAACCGCUGGAGAUCAGAGCCAGUAAAAAGACAGAACUUGCUCAAGGCCAGUGGGUCGAGUUUGGCUGUGCACCGGUAGGGGUGGAAGCCUAUGUUACUGUGGCACUGAAGCUCUGGGGUCAAGACUCACUAAUUGCUUCCACAGGACCUAUUGACCUGGCCGAAAAAUUUGGAUACAAAUUGACAAUGGCACCGGAAGUCACGUGUGAGUCUGUGGUGGAGGUGAUGGUCCUGCCACCUCUUUGUGUCUUUGUCCAAGGAGUGCUUACUGUUUACAAAGAGGCCCCCAGACAGGCAGAGGAGAGGACUUUUCAGCUGGCUGAAAACAGCCUGUCCCUCGGACAGAGGAGAACAGUGUUUAACUGCACUUUGUUUGAUGUGGGGAAGAACAAAUACUGCUUUAACUUUGGAAUUUCGAGGAAAAGCCACUUUUCUGCAAAGGAGUGCAUGCUAAUUCAGAGAAAUAUAGAAACUUGGGGACCAUGGCAGCCGUGGAGUCAGUGUAGCACCACGUGUGGGGAUGCUGUCCGAGAGCGCCGCCGUGUGUGUCUCUCUUCUGUCCCCUCCAGACCCAGCUGCUCUGGAAUUUCCUCCGAGACCUCUUCAUGCUCCCUGGAGGAGUGUGCUGUUUUCUGGCCACCGGGCCCAUCUUCUAUUCCACCCCAGGGUCCGAUGAAGUCCAACAACGUCGUGACUGUCACAGGGAUAUCCCUGUGCUUGUUUAUCAUUAUUGCCACCGUGCUCAUCACUCUCUGGAGGAGGUUCGGCAGAGCCCCCAAGUGCAGCACCCCUGCCCGACACAACUCCAUCCAUUCCCCUGGCUUCCGAAAGAACUCGGAUGAGGAGAAUAUCUGCGAGCUGAGCGAACCUCGUGGAAGCUUCUCAGAUGCGGGUGACGGACCCAGGGGAAGCCCAGGGGACACAGGCAUCCCUUUGACUUACAGGUGCAGUGCGCCAGCAGCUCCUGAUGAUGAGGCUUCUGGCAGUGAGAGUUUCCAGUCCAACGCUCAGAAGAUCAUCCCACCCCUGUUCAGCUACCGCCUGGCUCAGCAGCAGUUGAAAGAGAUGAAGAAGAAGGGGUUGACAGAGACCACCAAAGUGUACCACGUGUCUCAGAGUCCCCUGACAGACACCGUAGUGGAUGCCACUGCCAGCCCUCCCUUAGACCUGGAAUGUCCCGAAGAAGCAGCAACAGCAAGCAAGUUCCGAAUCAAAUCUCCAUUUUUGGACCAGCCUGUGGCAGGCACUGGGGAAAGGCCCCCCUCCAGGCUGGAUUGCAUCGUGCCUCCGCCCAGCUGUGCAGUCAGUCCCAGCCAAACCCUAAUCCGGAAGUCUCAGAUGCGGUCGACCGGUGGGAGAGAGGGCUCAUCGGAAAGAUGCCACCCUAGAACUUCCCUCUUCAGGAGGACAGCUAGUUUUCAUGAAACCAAGCAGUCCCGCCCUUUCCGGGAGAGAAGCUUGUCAGCGCUGACUCCCCGCCAGGUCCCCACCUAUAGUUCCAGGAUGCGGACCUGGGAUCAGGUAGAGGAUAGGUGCCGGCCUCCUAGUCGAAGUGCCCAUCUGCUUCCAGAGAGAUCAGAACACUUCCAAGGGGCAGGUCGGGCCAACAGUCCCUUGGGCCCCCUCUCUAAAUCCUGCACUGUGGGGCAUCCCAGGAGGAAACCAGACUCGGGCGAUCGCCAGGCAGGAUUGGUGGCAGGAGCUGAGAGAAUGGAGCCUCAUCGAGCUCACAGGGGACCGUCCCCCAGUCACAGGAGUGUUUCAAGGAAGCAGUCUUCACCCAUUUUCCCCAAAGAUAGCUACCAGAAAGUCAGUCAGCUCAGCCCUUCUCAUUGCAGAAAAGAUAAAUGCCAGAGCUUCCCCAUCCACUCAGAGUUUGCCUUCUAUGACAAUACCUCUUUCCGCCUCACUGAGGCUGAGCAGAGGAUGCUGGACCUCCCGGGGUACUUCGGCUCCAAUGAAGAAGAUGAAACCACAAGUACACUUAGUGUGGAGAAGUUGGUCAUCUAG